UGGCCAUCGUCCAUGCAAUCAAGAAGUCCAUAUGCAUGUCCAUAUGCAAUCAAGUGGCGUUGCUAUGUCCAUAUGCAACCCGUCACUGUUCUUACUGAACAUUGCACCCUGCAAUACCUGAAGACACAACCCCAUCUCACCCCUAGACAGGCUCGAUGGAUGGAGUAUCUAGAGCACUGCGUCACCUCCUGCUACGCGAGCAUCAUGACCAGAAUGCACACUUUGGAGUGGACAAGACACUUGCAGCCAUCUCUGCAAACUUCUUCUGGCCCCAAGCUUUCUCAUGACGUCCGCUCCUAUGUACACAGCUCUCACAUGUGUCAGUGCAACAAAGCUCGCAACACAGCUCCAUACUGCUUGCUACACCCCUUGGAAAUUCCUCAAGUUCCUUGGAGUCAUGUCGCACUCGACUUCAUCACCGAUGCCCCUCGCACCUCCUCCCAUUACAACGCUAUCCUCACUGUAGUUGACAAGCUCAGAAAGAUGGCUCACUUCCUCCCUACCUCCACUACUGUGACUGCUGAACAUGUAGCUGAUCUCUUCUUCAAAGAAGUGGUACGUCUUCAUGGAAUUCCUGCGUCCUAAUCAAUGACUGUGAUUCCCGAUUUGUUG